AUGCCUCUGACCAAGGGCACUGAAAUGCCUCUGACCAAGGAAGGGGCAGGCCUGCCUCUGACCAAGGAAGGCCCUGAAAUGCCUCUGACCAAGGAUGAUGCCGAAAUGCCUCUGACCAAGGACGAUGCCGAAAUGCCUCUGACCAAGGAAGUCGCCGAAAUGCCUCUGACCAAAGAAGGUGCCAAAAUGCCUCUGACCAAGGAAGGUGCCGAAAUGCCUCUGACCAAAAAAGAUGCCGAAAUGCCUCUGACCAAGGAAGGCGCUGAAAUGCCUCUGACCAUGGAAGGCACUGAAGUGCUUCUGACCAUGGAAGGUGCCGAAAUGCCUCUGACCAAGGAAGGCGCCGAAAUGCCUGUGACCAAGGAAGGCGCCGAAGUGCCUCUGACUAAGGAAGGUGCCGAAAUGCCUCUAACCAAAGAAGGUGCCGAAAUGCCUCAGACCAAGGAAGGCGCCAAAAUGGCUCUGACCAAGGAAGGCGCUGAAGUGCCUCUGACCAAGGAAGGUGCCGAAAUGCCUCUGACCAAGGAAGGUGCCGAAAUGCAUCUGACCAAUGAAGGUGCCGAAAUGCCUCUGACAAAGGAAGGCUUCGAAAUGCCUCUGACCAAGGAAGGUGCUGAAAUGCCUCUGACCAAGGAAGGCGCUGAAGUGCCUCUGACCAAAGAAGGCGCGGAAGUGCCUCUGACCAAGGAAGGUGCCGAAAUGCCUCUGAACAAGAAAGGCAUCGAAAUGCCUCUGACCAAGGAACGCGUUGAAAUGCCUCUGACCAAGGAACGCGUCGAAAUGCCUCUGACCAAAGAAGGUGCCGAAAUGCCUCUGACCAUGGAAGGUGCCGAAAUUCCUCUGACCAAGGAAGGUGCCAGAAAUGCCUCUGACCAAGGAAGGGCGGCGCCUCUGACCAAGGAAGGUCUUGGAAGUGCCUCAGACCAUGGAAGGUGCCGAAAUGCCUCUGAACAAGGAAGGUGCCAAAAUGCCUCUGACCAAGGAAGGGGCCAAGCGCCUCUAACCAAGGAAGGUGCAGAAGUGCCUCAGACCAUGGAAGGUGCCGAAAUGCCUCUGACCAAGGACGGCGAAGAAAUGCCUCUGACCAAGGAAGGCGCCGAAAUGCCUCUGACCAAGGAAAGCACGGAAGUGCCUCUGACCAAGGAUGAUGCCGAAAUGCCUCUGUCCAAGGACGAUGCCGAAAUGCCUCUGACCAAGGAAUGCACCGAAAUGCCUCUGACCAAGGAAGGCACGGAAGUUCCUCUGACCAAGGAAGGUGCCGAAAUGCCUCUGACCAAGGAAGGCGCCGAAGUGCCUCUGACUAAGGAAGGUGCCGAAAUGCCUCUGACCAAAGAAGGUGCCGAAAUGCCUCAGACCAAGGAAGGCGCCAAAAUGCCUAUGACCAUGGAAGGUGCCGAAAUGCCUCUGACCAAGGAAGGCGCUGAAGUGCCUCUGACCAAGGAAGGUGCCGAAAUGCCUCUGACCAAUGAAGGUGCCGAAAUGCCUCUGACCAAUGAAGGUGCCGAAAUGCCUCUGACAAAGGAAGGUGCCGAAAUGCCUCUGACAAAGGAAGGUGCCGAAAUGCCUCUGACCAAGGAAGGCGCUGAAGUGCCUCUGACCAAAGAAGGCGCGGAAUGCCUCUGA